UCCGUCUUUUAUACCUGUCAACGAUUCAACUCUAUUUGUAUCCCUUGCCCGAGCAGAAAUUGAUAUUCCCAAUGGCAGUGAUGCAUAAGUCGAUGACAAUGUUGCUUUCUCUAAUCUCACUUCUUUCUUUAUGCUCUCUACUUGCCUCCACACUCGCGAUCGCAUCCGGGAGCAGUGAUGGUUAUACUAUUAAUGGUCGUGUCAAAAUUCCUGGCUUUAGCUUGAAAGGAUCUGGUUUGGCCGCUAAAGCAUCAAAUGUCAAAGUCCUACUCAAUGGUGGCCAAAGAGUUACUUUCCUGAGACCUGAUGGAUAUUUCUCAUUGUAUCCUUCUUAUAUGUCCAUGUGUAUGCAAAGAGCACGGGGAAGAUUAUGCUGUUAUUUUAGUAAUUCUUUGACUUUAGACUUCAAAAGCCAUAAUGUGCCAGCAGGGACGCAUCUCAUAGAAGUAUCUGCGAUUGGGUACUUCUUUUCUCCAGUCCGAGUUGAUGUCAGUGCCAGAAACCCUGGAAAGGUUCAAGCUGCAUUAACUGAGAAUCGGAGGAGCCUGAUUGAGCUGGUUUUGGAGCCACUGGGAGAUGAGCAAUAUUAUGAGAUAAGGGAACCCUUCUCCAUUAUGUCUCUGGUGAAAAGCCCAAUGGGUCUGAUGGUUGGAUUCAUGCUGGUUGUGAUGUUUUUGAUGCCAAAAUUAGUAGAGAAUAUGGAUCCCGAAGAAAUUAGAAAAGCACAAGAGGAAAUGAGAAGCCAAGGAGUUCCCAGUCUUUCAAGCUUGUUACCUGGGGCCCAAAGGAGCAACUAGUGACUAUAUUAAGAACAUUGAAGCUUUACAUUGAUAAGCGGAAUACAUCUGCUGCCAUUUUAUGGAAAAGUUGAAAUGAUGUAAAAUUCUAGUUCCGACAAUUCAUCUCCUGCUGUCGAAAGUCUCUAAUGACCAUAAUUAGUUCAACUGUUAAUCUUAAAGACCCUUUGUUUCCUCUGGUUAGAAACCAAUAUUUUUUAGUCAGUGUUAUUAGGCAAUGAUGUGGAUUACCCGAGGAAGUUUUUAGUAUUUGGUUGGUGUAUGGUGUGUUUAAAACAGCCUUGGAUUUAAUACCAUGUAAUCAAGUCCUGAGUUCAUUGUAUGUUGAAGUAUUAGUAUCUUUAUAUAUGCAGUAUGCUUAUGCUG